AAAAAAAGAAAGAGAGAGAGAGAAAACAGAGACCAAACAAAAAGAGAACCUCCACCUCUUUCUCUCUCCUCUCAUCUCUCUCUCAUCGUCGAUUCUCGUCGAUUUUGAUAUUUUCCCGUCGGCAAUCGCGUCCCCCUUGAUGCUGUGGUGUCGAUGGAGUACGGUUCUAGGGCGUCGGCCGUGACGGAGGCCUCCUCCUCCCUCUCGCCCACCGCCAUUGACCAAGAGACACUUUGGCAGAUGAGGUUGAGAGGGAACGAAACUCUGGAGACCGGAGAGUAUCCCGAGCGUCCGGGAGAGCCCGACUGUGCUUACUAUAUGAGGACCGGGAUGUGUCGAUUUGGGAUGACAUGCCGGUUUAAUCAUCCACCCAACAGAAAGCUGGCUGUUGCUGCUGCAAGGAUGAAGGGUGGAUAUCCUGAAAGAAUAGGGCAACCUGAAUGCCAGUAUUACCUAAAGACGGGUACUUGCAAGUUUGGUGCGACAUGCAAAUUUCACCAUCCUAAGGACAAGGCAGGAAUUUCUGGAAGAGUUCAGUUAAAUGUUUUAGGCUAUCCAUUGCGUCCGAACGAAAAGGAAUGCACGUAUUAUUUAAGAACUGGACAGUGUAAGUUUGGGAGUACUUGUAAAUUUCACCAUCCGCAACCAUCAAAUGCGAUGGUUUCACUCCGUGGUUCUCCUAUUUAUACUUCUGUACAUUCACCUGCAACGCCUGGUCAACAGUCUUAUUCUGGGGGAAUGGCAAACUGGCAAAGGGCUUCUUAUAUUCCAAGUCCUCGCUGGCAAGGUCCAUCAAGUUAUGCACAACUAAUACUUCCUCAAGGACUGGUUCAAGUUCCUAGCUGGAAUACAUUUUCUGGACAGUUAGGAUCAGCAUCAUCUCCUGAGAGCCAACAGACACCCAGUAGUAAUCAAUACUAUGGAAUGUCUCAUCAAAGUGAGACAACUACAGUAGCACAAGGAACAGCUGCUCCUUACCGUUCAGGUUCAAUGCCAGUAGGUCAGUAUGCAGUGCAGACAGAAAACAUAUUUCCUGAAAGGCCUGAUCAGCCUGAAUGUCAGUUCUACAUGAAGACUGGAGACUGCAAGUUUGGUGCAGUCUGUAGGUUUCAUCAUCCCCGGGAGAGAUUUAUUCCUGCUCCCAAUUGUGUUCUGAGUCCAUUGGGCCUUCCACUACGCCCUGGGGAACCCUUAUGCGUCUUUUACUCUCGCUAUGGUAUUUGCAAAUUUGGGCCAAACUGCAAAUUUGACCAUCCAAUGGCAGCUCCUAUGGGAAUCUUUGCAUACAGUCUUUCAACAUCCUCAUCACCUGAUAUUCCAGUGGUUCGGCGUCUAUUGGGAUCCUCUGCUGGACCUCCAGCAUUAACAUUGUCGUCAGAAACUUCUGUUGAAGCUGUCCCUGUGUCCAGAAGAAUCUCUCUAUCCGACUCACGGCAAAUGGCUUCUGGUGAUGAAAAUAUUAAUACAGAGGGUUCACAUGCCAGUCAAAGCAUUGGUCAAGUUUCUUCUUUUUCAUAACCUUUUGAGAUCAAAAUGGAUCUCAUCUGUAAAUCAAGUUCCAAGUGGUGGAAUUUACAAUUCUCAUGCUGGUUGAAACUGUUCAUCCUGAGCUGCUCGUUUUUGUUUCUGUUGUCUAAAUCUGCAUAAUGUUUCAGUACAGUAGGAUAAUCUGUUAAGGAUCAGUCUACGCCUUGUAUCUGUUCGCUACAACCUCCGAUCUUUUUAUGUAUCCUGGGUAGUAUCUCACUCCCUCGUGUCAUCGUCCUUGCAUGUUAUUUCCUUGUUGAAGUCUGCCCGUCUGUUUUUGGUCUAGUUUGUUGGAUGUAGUUUUUUCUUCAUCCAGUACAUAUCUGUAGUAUUCCCCUUAUUCUAAGGUAAAUCCUCCCUCCCUCAAUCUGUUGUAGAUAUAUUGGAGAAUUGCCCCCAGUUGUGAAACAACUUGGUUGUUAAAAAUUGCUGUUUGAAUUCUGGCGAUCAACCUUCGAAUCUCACUAUUCAAAGGCAAUUUUUUAAUAUAUGUUUUACAGGCACCAUGUUCAUGCUUAACUUCAGCUUGAAGCUCGGGAAAUGGACCUGUUAUCUCUGGCAGAUUGCUUCUCGGUUUUCAUGACGAAGUUCUGCAGCAUCAAGCUUUGUUUAUCUCAGCCAGAUUCAUGAAUUUUCGUGGUCUCUUUGGAUAAAGACUAACAGCGAGAAAAGUUGCUGAACUGAAAAUUUCACUCAUAAUUGUAUUCUGGAAGGCAUUGUAAGAAAUACAUGAAACGAUGUGCCAUUCUCUUUUAUGUUCAAUGAAUAAAGCGCAUCUGAAUGGAUGAUCUGUGAUGCAAUGGCGCUCAUCAAUGUUUUCAGAAACUUACUUGCACCUUUAUGGGCUUUCAAUAAUUACUUGGCUUCAAUGUUAUGAUUGUUA